AAGUGCUAACACUAUAUAAUGGCUGUGCAUGUAUGAAGAUUGAAAACCUCAAAAUUCACAUCCUCAUUCAUUCAAUCGAUAAAAAUGGAUGUAAAAUCAAUCAAAGAAAAGGAGGCUGAGGUAGAAAUAUGGCAGUAUGUAUUCGGCUUCACACCAAUGGCCGUAGUCAAGUGCGCAAUCGAGCUCGGAAUAGCCGACGCCAUCGAGAGCCGCGGCGGCGCCGUGUCUCUGCCUGACCUCGCCUCCGCCGUCGCCUGCUCGCCCUUCGCCCUCGGCCGCAUCAUGCGGUACCUGACCCACCGCGGCUUCUUCGAGCUCCACGAAUCCACAAAUCAAUACUCCAACACUCCCCUCUCUCUCCUACUUUUAAAAAGCGGAGCGAAUACCCUCGCUCCGCUUUUUAUGCUGGAGGCCAGCCCCUGGAUGCUGGCCCCGUGGCACGGGCUGUCCGCGCGCGCCUCCAGCAACGGGGGUUCGGGAUUCAAGGCCGCGCACGGGGAGGAAAUCUGGGACUUCGGGUCCCACAAUCCGGCCCAGAGCAAGUUAUUCAACGAUGGGAUGGCAUGCCACGCCAGACGGGCGGUGUCCGAGAUUGUGGAGCGGUAUGGCGAGGUAUUUGAAGGGAUCGGUUGCUUGGUGGAUGUCGGUGGAGGGGACGGCACGGCUCUCCACUGUAUCGUGGAGGUGUGCCAGUGGAUCCGGGGGAUCAACUACGAUCUCCCCCACGUUGUCUCUGCGGCUCAGCAGAGACAAGGUGUGGAGCAUGUCGCUGGGGACAUGUUUGAACAUGUCCCUAAUGCUGAUGCUGCUUUCAUGAUGGUAUAUACUUCUUCCGUUCCUUAAAAAUAUGAACGUUUGAAAGACACAAAUGUUAAUGCAUUAUUUGUAAGUAAGAGAGAUAAGAAUAAAAGUGAUUGAAGUAUAAUUCGUAGAUAAUGAAUCUCACAUCAUUAAAUAA